AUGAGCGCCACGCUACCUGCCUUCUCCGCACAGCGAAUUCCGGCGAUGACUUCUGUUCCAAUUCGAGAGAUCCACAGUUUGUCGAGUAGUGCUACACUUCGCCUGAUUUUGAAGGCAGCGUAUCACGAAGCUGACGACGAAUUGUGCGCUCGGGUGAACUAUUUGGAGAACUGGCAGCUUUACACCAACGCUGGCGGACUGCAACCAUUAAAGACGCUCCGCUUUUGUGAGUUAUGGGCAGUCGAUAGGUCUGUUUUCCAUUCGAUAAUGAUUGAAACAGUACGACGAAGAAGAAGCGCUAUGAAAGAGCAUUUAAUGAGGUGUGAGCGGUUUCGUGCCAUUAGUAGUGAGAUGUUGGUAUGA